GUGAUCUAGUUCCUCAAUACUUUCGAUUGACUGACUAGCAAGGCUCGUUGUUAGUGUGGGUCCGAAUAGUGAAUAGCAUUGCUUCAUGGUUCAACUUCGGUCUCGCUGUAACUGUGCUGUGCAUACAUACGGCUGCAUUUUCGACAGAGUUGCCCUGUAGCUCUCCACGCGCGCAAGUGACAAGGAAGAGAUUUCAGCACUGGAGCUGUCCACGCAAUCUUUUUGACGACUCGCAUCACUCUUAUCACCUAUGCUAUAGGUUAUUUCGAUCACAUUUGCACUAUAGAUUUGUAAGUGAGGCUAUUUGAGUGAGUGUCACGCAUACAUAAAAUACCAUUCAAUGCAUUGUGGUAAAGAAACACGAGUAAGCUAAACCCGCACAUCGCCUACUUUUCAUUCAAUCGAAGCCUUGAAAUGCUGGGUAGCCGUGCGUGAGGCAUAAGAAAAAAGGAAUUCUCAAGUCACGGUGGAGAGUUGUCCGAUUUUUAUCUCAGUCAUGGGAGUGCUCAUGUCUAAGAAGCAUCAGGUGGAGAAGGUGCAGAAAUGCACCUCGGUCGUCUCCGCCUUUCAGGAAGGGGUAAAGGAACGUGCCCCAUCCACAACUAACCAGGAGGAAGGAUCCAAAGAGGAAAGAGAGGGGCCGACUGAAGCCUCGCCACCACCCAACCUGGAGGAGAAGGAGGAGGCAGAGCACAGAGAGGCAGACAGCAAAGCGGGGCCCUCAGGGACCUCCCAGCAGGCUGCAACUCCGGCCCCCACCAGGGACGAGUGUAAGGUCAACCAGGAGGCCUGGAAUAGGUUACGGGACGGGAAGGGGGUGGAGCCUGAGGAUCUGGACAAGACCGGCCAUCAGCUCACCCCAACUGCAUUUGUACGUCCCAAGAGAGAUGCCAACGUUGACCAGCCUAUGGAGAUAGCACUGGGACAGAGAGAGCAGCCGGUGAACGAUGAGAUGUGUGAGGUGUGUGAGGUGUGGACUGCCGACGACCUGUUUCCCUGCAGGACCUGCACACGGGUCUUCCAUGAUGGCUGUCUGAGUGAAAUGGGCUACCUGCGUCCCGAACUCCUGCAGGAGAUGAGGGAGACAGCUCACACCGCGACAGGCUGGAGCUGUUACUACUGCGACAACGUGAACCUGCUCCUGACUGAAGAGGAGAUGUACAGCCUGAUGGAAACCUUCAAGCAGUGCAAGAUCAUCCCUGAGUCGUGCCUGGUGUCAGAUGAGCUGCUGCAGUACCGCCACUUUGUGUCCAAGCAACUGUUUGAGAAGGACCUCUCUGAUGAACAGGAGGAGGAGGUGUUGGCCCAAUUCGCUGCCCUGGACCCGGAGAAGAGGGGCCAGAUCGAGUGGUCUGACUUCCUCUACCACGAGUCCCUGGAAGUGCUCAAGAAGUUCCGCACGGAGAACUCCUUGGUGCGGCUGUUGAGUGCUAAGGAGCGGGACCAUGUGCGGUCAGUGUUCAUGGGUUUGGACCUGGAUAAAGACAGUGUGGUCACAGGAGCAGAGACCCGCUGGGCCCAGCAGUCCUGGUUUCAGAAGCUCAGCAAGGAGUCCCAGUCCUGCAAUGUGAGUAUUAGCCAUGUUGGCCCAAUAUCUGACAGCAGCCCAGCCAGCUCCAGCAGUGAGAGAAGCACUCAGAAAGAUGACAGACCAGUGAGCUGGGAUGACUUCCUGAGGGAGAGUGCCAUCUACAUCCUCGCUGCCCGGCCCAACAGCUCGGCAAUGCAUAUCCGUCUGCCCCUAUAGCCCCAGCGACCUCACCUUGCCUGGGCUGGGCCCCACCAUAGAGAGAAGGCCACCCCUGGAAGUCCCUGUGUAGGACAGGUGGAGAGCCGGUACCAUUGCACUGUAGGGGAAUACUGUACCACUCAGAGACUGGACAGAAUAAGCCAUCAACAGAUCUCCUGCUUCACACCAUAGAUCAAUGACCAACUGACAGCAACAGUCAACGACCCACUGACAACAACAAUCAAUGACCUACAAGUACUUACUGAGGGUAAAAUGAUAAACAACCUGACAACACAAGCUGAUAAUCCACUGGUUAUAGAUACUCCUGAAACACAGGAUAAAAAGCAACAGCCCAUUUUCAACACAAGCCAACAAUUCACUGAUGCUUUGAAGACUCGGGGUAUCCUGGUAGGCACACAUUCCCCUAAACGAUAACUACUAUAUACAGUCAAUUUGUCAUGCUACAGUCUUACAAACCUCUGUAUGAUCAAUUCAAAUGGAUUAGAAUGGCAAUGAUAGGCUGUCUUAUGCUAUCACAUAUCCUGCUAUUGGGUAAAGCAUAAUUUUUGGAUCAGCUUCUGUAUGGUAACACUGUUUUGUAUCACUUGGCAUCAUACUUGUUGAUCAUAAAAUAGUAUCUGUCAUUUAGGGAGAUUUUGAAGCCCAUUCAAAUCUUGGUUAAUGAGUGUAUAGGACUGACCGUGCAACUGCUCCAGAUCAGCACAUGUACCAAACAGGAAUAACAGCUAUCCGCAUACAUAAUAUUAUAUAUUAAGACAUGCCAUACCUACAAGUAUAAUGACAUAUUAUUAUGCAUUAAAAAGCUGUAUUUAUUCCUAUACCCUCUAAGUUAUUUUCAGUUUUUCCACUCACUUGUUCAAGAUCCAUAUAUUUUUGAUGAUUAUGAUAUUGUAAUGGACACUAACCCAGUAUCUGGCCUGUACAUUCAGCCAUAAGUACAUUUUCUCUUGUAAUGUAGUAGUCCAACCACUGCGUAUGUAUGCUAUGACAAAGUAGAAUUAUCUGCUGCUGCUGCCAUUCCAAUCUUGUACUUGAACACUGCCAUUUAGAUUUGUACGGCUUUGAGGAUUAUUUAUUGGAGUUUAAAUCAUGCAUUGGAAAGGAAUAUCUCCUUAGGAUGAAGGUUGAAGCCCACGCAUUAGGCCUUCAUGAUACUUGCAUAAGCAUUGCUUCAGACCUGGCUUUGUGGACAUAACAGUUUGCCUUAGUUAGGGGAACAUGUUGAUACAUUUUCCAAGGUCCUGUAGUAUGUCAUGUUUAUGCGUAUGUAAUGAAGGUCCACUUGUCUGGUAUCCUGGCCUGAAGUAGGUCAUUACUUGAAUCCUAAGAGGGUAAAGGCUUUGGAAUUAUGUGACAGUGCGGAAAUAAAUGAAUGGCAUU